AUGUCUCUGUUACCAUUCGUGCUGGGUUACGAACGUCCUCACCGUCUCAUCGAUCAGGACUUCGGCUUGUCUUUGACUCCCGACGAUCUACUGACUGUUGCCGUGUCUCCACUACUAUCACGAGACUACUACAGACCCUGGCGUCAGAUGGCGGCUGCUGCGAGGGACGUCGGAUCCACCAUCAAGUCGGACAAAGAUAAAUUCCAAGUCAACUUGGACGUGCAGCAUUUCAAACCUGAGGAAAUAACUGUGAAGACUGCAGACGGUUACAUAGUCGUGGAAGGAAAACACGAAGAAAAGAAAGACGAACACGGCUUUAUAUCCCGUCAGUUCACUAGACGAUACGCACUCCCGGAAGGUUGUAAUCCAGACACAGUAGAGUCACGGCUGUCUUCAGAUGGAGUGUUGAGUGUUAUUGCUCCGAAAGUGGCAUCGGUAUCGAAGAAUGAACGAAGUGUUCCCAUCGCGCAGACCGGACCCGUGAGGAAGGAGAUCAAGGAGCAGAACUCACAAGCCGGAGCUGGUGAUAAUAAAUGA